AUGGGAUGCUCGGCAACCACAUUUAUUCUGGUUGCUCUUUUCGGGUCAAGUUCAUGGAUGGGAACGAAUAGUGUGUGGAUGCAGUUACCGCUGUUAACUUCGGAACUUCCGGAACACUGGAAUUUGCCAAGUUAUUUAGCUGGAGUAGUGCAGAUCGCGUGUAUCGUUCCCCUCAUCUACACAAUUCUCCACAAAGGAGUAAAAUCGUUCACAAUCCCAACACCUCCUCUCAUUAUUGCUCUUUUAUCACUUGCCUGUUGUUGCCAACUUGGACUCGCUUUCUUCUGGAACAACUAUUCGGAAGUGUUCGGUGCUUCGAGAUCAUGGCCACUGUAUUCUCUACUUUUCGGAUUGGCAAUUGUCAAUGCAAUGUCGAAUGUGCUAUUCAUGCCAUUCAUGGCACAGUUCCAUCCCGCUUAUCUGAACGCCUAUUUCGUUGGAAUGGGAUUGAGCUCACUGAUGCCAAGUUUACUUUCAUUGGCUCAAGGAACAUCGAACUUCAAGUGUGAUGAUAAUGGAGUAGCAGAGAGAUUUCCACCGAAUUUCUCUGUUUCAAUCUUCUUCUUUAUCAUUUUCACGUUCACUUGUGUCGCUCUCAUUGCCUUUAUCAUCCUCUAUCGUUCCGGUGCACACAAUCAUUCGGCUAACUCGAACAGAAGAACAACAAAGGAACCAAACGAAGGAACUCCACUGAAGAAGAAGCUUGUGACGACAUCAAGUGCUCCAGAUGAAAAUGACGAUGAUGAAACACCGAUCGAUAUUCAUGAAACAGGAGCACCGGCCAUCGAUGGGAUUGUUUCAGAAUUGGAUGAAACGUAUAGAGAGCGCUCCUCGAUUUGCCACGAUUCGAAACCACACUCGGUUGACUACAUCACCGGCGUCAAAUUCACAUUUCUUCUCUUCACAACAGCUCUUGUCAAUGCUCAAAUGAAUGGAAUCAUCACGAGUGUGCAGAGUUAUGCGGCAUUGCCAUAUUCACAGGCCACGUAUCACUUCGCUGUGACUCUAUCCAACGUAGUCUCUCCAUUAUCAUCGUUUCUUCCAUUCUUCGUCAGUGUCCGAAGUAUUCCUGUGCUCGCCGUGCUCACCGCUUGCUCUUCAGCUGUGACAGCGUUCAUUGUGUAUUUAGCCGCGUUGUCUCCGAAUUUGAUAUUCAAUUCGGUUACUGCUGGAAGUGCACUUUCGAUAGGAGGCUCGUUGGUAGCUGCUGGACUACAUUCAUAUCUUCGAGUAGUCUUCGCUUCAUUACUUCGAGAAGGACAUCAGAGUGAAUCAAGAUUGUUCUGGUGUGGAGUCUUCAUUCAGGUGUAG